AGCCAUUUGGGCCCAAGGCUGCGCGCUCGCCGCGGUCGGGCGCGGCCGGUGCGGAGGGCGCAUCGGCAGCAGGGCCGCCGCACGUACGGCGGCCUGGCAGGGCGCGCUCGCGGCCUCAUGGCGAGCACGUCGGGCGCGGCGCUGCUCCGGCACUUUUCCGAGGCCGCCUCGGGCGCGCAGCCUUCUGGCCAUAUCCAAUCGAAGCUCUGAGUGCGGUGACGAUGACGCUUCCCGUGUCCUAUGGCUGUUGGUUGCUGUGCAGCGCCAAUGUCGCGUCAGCUGGGGCGCCCUGGAUGAUCGUGGCCUCGCAAGUGUGCCAUCUGCCUUUCAGCAUGGCCUACCACAUCUGCUGUGCCCGCAUUGCCUCUGGAGUGCCUGUGGACGACACGCCGUAUCGCUGUCUGGAUCAGUCCGGGACCCACGUCAUGGCUACGAUUACUUUUCUUUGCCUCUCGCAGUCUGGAGUCUUCACUUUGGUCCUGGCCCUGCCUUGGAACGCGUACUGCAUCUGCAUGCUGUGGCUCCGCGCGAAGACAGAGGUCCGGUACUCGCGGUUCGUGCGCAUGUUCGUGUCAGCUCUUUUAGCACUGUCGCCCAUGGCAUUCAAUGAGCAGUGGCGCAACUGGCUUGGGAGCAUGUUCUGCUUCGCAGCGGGGUCCGCCCUGUUCGGGCUCGAUGCGCUCCUCGGUGGUUGGGGGCAUCCGCUGAUGCACGUUAUGGGGGUCCCGUACAUUCAUUACAUCCUUACCGCAGCAAUCUAGCGGGAAGGCCACGUGCCUCGGCCCGCGCGGGCUAGCAUGGCGUGGCAAGAUUCUGGCAGCGCGCAGGCUUUUCGCCCAGGCCGCUGCCAUGUCCUCCUCUCCCUUUGCCUUUCCUCCGCCUCGGUGGUUCUAUCUUUCUACAUGUAGUCGAAGACGCAUACG